CGCCUAGUCGAUGGUCGGACCGAGUAAUCGCCGUUACGGGACUGUCAAUUGCAGCUGCCCUGCGAGAGGCUGAAGACCGUGCACAAUGGAAUAACAUCAUAAGAGAGGCAACGGACACCUUUCAAGGACACGACCUUCAGUAAUGAAGAGGACGAAGAGAGAGAGAGAGAUAUUAAAAGAGUAACUGUGUUUCCUGCAGGCUUUUAAUAGAUUUAAAAAAAAUUGACGAUUUAAAAGUGCUUGCAAAAAGUCUAUUUUAAUUUUAGGUAUUACUAGAUUAUAAUGUGAACAGACAGGAAUCUUGUCAAUUUAAUUUCUAUUUAAUCCAGUUAGCUACCUGAUAACAGCACAGAUGUGCCAUUCUGUGAUAACGGGCGACGGUUGUAGAAAUACUUGUAGAUACAUACUUAUUUGUAUUUAGGUUUCCGUAUCCCCAAAGGAAAAAACCUAAAUAGGUUUCUUUUUUUUGGGUGAUAAUGGAAUGGUAACCCCACCCGCGCUAUCGGUAUACACCGGCGGGGCACCAGUGAAAGAUGAUAAGUGAGGAUGAAGCAGGCCAGUUAGCCCAUCGUGACGAAUUCAACAAGAAUUGCUCACGAUGGUUUCCAGGGGGAACCACGUGGAGGUCGACCUGAUUAUUUAUGUAUUAUUAUUUGCACAAAUUAGAAUAUGUCUAUAUGCCUGAUAGCAUUCUCUGCCAAUCAACCGUUACGCUAAACAGAGAGUAAUUGAUCUAGAAAAAUCAAUUUGUAAAUGAAAUAAAUGUUUUGAUAAAUAACAAUAUUAAUACAUUUUAAGAUGAAUAAACAUACAAACAUAUAGAAUAAUAUACUACCUAUAUAACAUUGUAUUUUUUUACUUGUUUUGACAUAAAAUCAACAUGGCGGAAAUAUCAAAUCUGUCUCACAAAUUCGUUAUUUCUGACACGUUGCUUUUGCCACAUUUGUGACAAAAGCAGGUGUUUGUACGCGAAUUUAUUUCGUUAAAUGUAUUUUUGAGACUUUAUUUUGUAUCCGAUAUUAUUAAUUACUAAAAAAAAACUAUACAUAAUGUCCAACAUGAGACAAAUAGAAUCUAUGCUUUUUAAUUACGAGACCACUAGUCGAACAGAUUUUAGAGAUGGUGAGAUUACGCCUGCAGUGAAAACUGAAUAUAAAAAGAAGCCAACUUGUCUUACGAUUAGAACAAAACCUUUGAAAUAUGUACAUACUUUGGUGGAUUGGAAAGUACCAAAUGUACCAUUCGGUUUGAUGACUAAACCGAAAGACAUUGUUCGCACCAAUCCUAGAGAGGUGCAAGUGUCGUAUGAGAAACCUCCGGACCCGGUUUUGGAAGAAGUAAAGAGGACCAGACCGCGUCUGGUUAUGACCCCCGCGGUCAGCUUUGAUGACUUAGAUGAUGCAACCCGCAAGCUACUCCUGGACGACGUGUACACAACCAGUACAAUGAAGGCAAUGCGCGGGGUUGUUGCCAACGCUACUUACAGCAGUGUACGGACACUGUUGCCCGGCUUUCCUGCAAAAGCUAAUCCUAUAGUGCUACAGAAAUUAUUGCCCCCGUAUGUAUCACCCGAGUGGCGGAUGGAUUCAGUCGGUUGGGACAGCAGACAGCUGAGGACGCACUGCGACCCCAACAAGGAGUUUUGGCUGGCAAAAACAGCGCAAUGCCAAGAAUACAAUGAUACAGCCGAAGAUGAAGAAAAGUGAAGGAUACAAAGAAAAAGUCGACAUUAAAAUUUGAAACUUGUAUUGUCAAACAUAACAUUAAACACAAGGCGACCUCUGCAGGGAUCAAGAUAAUAGUGGCCACUCAAACUCAAAAUUAUCACUCCUUACAUCAUAAAUAAUAUUUUAGGAAAAUACAUAGCAAUUUCACAUACAAAAAGCGUCAACUAAGA